AUGCCCUAAAAUUUUCAAAGCUUGAAAUUGAAAUGGGAGGAAUGUGAUAUUUAUCACAUGGCCGGAAGGUGUAAAUCUUCAUCACAGUUCAUUCUAUCAAUUUUUCAGGUUCUUUGGCAUUUGCCACACAUUUUGACUAGGUACAUCAUGUUUCCACAAAAUACAAAUGUUUUGAGUAGUAAUAGACAAAUAUAUAUAUUGAGACGGGUUAUACAGCACAUUGGGUGGACGCGUUUCGUCUAAAUGACUUUUUCGACACCCUCUCGGAAAUUAAAACAAUACAAACACACAAGAAUAAAACUAGCACAGCAGUCUCACACUCUGUUGAAAUACAGCAUGCUAAGAAUGCGCAUUACUACAAAUGAUAACCUUCGAUAAAAACUAUUUGUCGGUACACAGCUACUGUUACAUAAUCAUCGACGAGAAUAGAAAUAAAAAUAGCACACUUAUAACGACUCGAACGGUAGGUAAUCUACUACAACAGCAUCAGAACUUGGAAGCCACGCUGCCUCUGUGAGCUGCAGCCAGUUACUCCGCUGCAGAGAGCAGGAGUGGUGUGAACCGGUCCUUAGCUGCCACCAGAAGCGGAUGCGCGUGGCGCCGCUGCUGGUAUCAGCGGUUCGGCGUGGUAUGAGCGUGUUCACACAGCGCGUAAACCCCGUGACGGGCGUCGUGGACUGGGAGAUGCAGCCCGAAACGUACGACUACCAGCAGGAGGUGGCCCGCUCGGCGUACGCCGAUAUGCUGCACGACACCGAGCGGAACCAAAAGUACGAGCAGGGUCUGAAGGCGGCUGUUACGGCGUUGCGCGCGGCCGGCCGGCCCGUCCAUGUGCUGGACAUUGGUACUGGCACCGGACUCCUCUCAAUGAUGGCGUGUCGCCUGGGAGCCGACUCGGUCACCGCCUGCGAGGCGUUCCGACCGAUGGCCGAGUGUGCCGGCCGCAUCCUGGCGCAGAACGGUCUCUCGGAGCGCGUGCACCUGGUGCCCAAACGGUCCACCGAGCUGACUGUGGGGCCCGAGGGAGACCUGUCCCGCCGCUGUAACCUGCUGGUGACCGAGGUGUUUGACACGGAGCUUAUCGGAGAGGGCGGCUUGCAGACGUUCAAACACGCCCACCAGCAUCUGCUCGAGCCGGGCAGUCUGGUGGUGCCCUCGUCAGCAGUGGUGUACGCUCAGGUGGUGCAGUCGGCCGCCGUGCGCCGCUGGAGUCGCUUCUCUCCUCUGGGCUCACUACACGUGCCGGAUGACGUGUCCGAGUGCCACGGCGCGGCGGCCGUACACGACCUGCAGCUGAGCCAACUGAGCAGCUCAGACUUCACGGCGCUCUCACAGCCGGUGCCCGUGUUCGGUUUCGACUGGACCAACCGGACGCCGAUCGUGUUCGACCGGACAUCGGUGGCGCGCGUGGAGGCCGUCAACUCUGGCACCGCACAUGCCGUCUUCAUGUGGUGGGACAUCACCAUGGACCCGGCCGGAGAGGUGCUGCUGUCGUGCGCGCCCUACUGGGCCCACCCGGACACUCAGGGGCGCACGGGCAGCGGGCCGGAGGACAUACCGUGGCGCGAUCACUGGAUGCAGGCGGUCUACUACCUGCCGAGAGAGGUGCGCCUGCGCAGGAGAGACGAGUUUAACCUGGUCUCGUCGCACGACGAGUACAGCCUCUGGUUCUCCGUCAACGAUAGCGAGGACGUACCAGUGCCGGGCGAGGUCAGUGACCCGGCACCCAUCUGCCUCUGCGGCCUCCACGUGACCGUCAGCCGGACCCGCGCGGGUGCCAUGAACGACCCGCGGCGCCACCAAUUAUACACGGCCGCCCUAGAGCAGGCCAUCACGCCCGGCUGCUCCGUGAUGGUCAUUUCGGACGCGUGUAUAUACGCCGUGCUCGCCGCUCAGCUGGGCGCCGGUCGGGUCUACGUCCUCGAAUCGAGUCGCAUCACGCGCCGAGCGCUGGAGAUGUACUGUCGGGACAACGACGCCGACGAUAUAGUGCAGUUUGUCGACCCGGAGUCGGUACAGACGACGGUAACCCAGCCUGUGGAUGUACUGUUUGGGGAGCCGUUCUUCUACGGUUCGGUGUUGCCGUGGCAUGAUCUGCACUUCUGGUACCGGGCACGGCAGCUGGACGGCCUGUGCUCAGAGAAAACACGGACGAUCCCUCACUCCGCCGAGCUGCGCUGUGUCGGUGUCGAGUACCGCGACCUCUGGAAGAUCCGAGCGCCGCUCCACUCGGUCGAGGGGUUCAAAAUGGACCUCUUCGAUGACCUGAUCGAGUCUGCGUGUCAGGUGGCUGACAGUGAGUGCGAGCCCCACCCUCUCUGGGAGUACCCGUGCCGGGCGUUAACGGAGCCCCUAUCACUGGCCACGUUUGACCUGGCUGGGGGUGCGCCGGCCGACCUACAGAGCACCACCAAUAUGGAGAUCACAGCGCCCGGCUCGUGUAACGGCGUGGCGCUCUGGAUGGAGUGGAUUCUGGACCCGGCCGGCCAACAGCGGCUCACCACGGGGCCUCUGCAGGCGCCGCGGCCCGGCCAGCAGAUCGUCUGGGACCGGUACGCCCGCCAGGCGGCCCACCUCAUCAGAGAACCCCGGCCCGUGACCCCCGGCGCCGACCGUCUCCGCUGUCAGUUCAGCUUCGCCGCCAAAACGGGCGACCUGCAGGUCAAGUUCGCCGUGGAGUCAGCGUGAGGCGGUGGCGUUGUGUGGAGAUGAUGGUGGGUGGUCUCGGGAUGGGAAGGGGAUCGUUGGUGCUUGUAGAGGCUGCAGUAUUCCGUGGAAGGUGUGAGGAGGAAACUCGUCAACUGUGCGUGCCUUCUGUGGUGAGUGUUGAUGUACCGCUGGUGGCGCUCGUCGCGGCGGGUCCUCUGGCGAAGGUGACGCGGCCAUUGGCUGAGCGUGGGACGUGCUGCCUUCUUCCGGAGUCCGCCGUGACGGUGCUACGGACCGGCGCGGCGGGUCAGAGAUAACAGUCCGGCCCGGACUGAACUGAGGCCGCACCAGCCUGCGAACUCCAAGUUAUACUGCAUGGGCCAGUGGGACCUGAGCGGGUCCAAAGGAGCACGGGUGGCUGAAAACGAUGGUGCCUGAAAAAUGAAUGAACCUCCCUGUGGGAGUCACGGCGCGCUACAUGAAGGUGUCGUAUUGUUGUCCGUUUAUAAGGUAGGCUCCAGUAGCCCACUUUGUUAAAAUCAUGCGGUUUUAUUGGUCGGUGUUUCAUAAAAUACAUUUUCAUUUGAUA